AUGAGCGACACGUGGCAGCCGCAGCCCGCGCUGCUGAACGAGGUGGUGGCCCUACUGCAGGCCUACAUGGUGCCCAACAACCAGGUGCAGCGCGAGUCCUACCAGCGCCUGCAGCAGUUCCAGAAGAACCUCGAGUUCAACCUGUACCUCGUGCACCUGCUGUGCUCCGCCCAGUUCGAGCCCAACGUGCGCCAGCUCGCCGGCCUGCUGCUCAAGCGCAACAUCAAGGCGCGCGACGCCGGCGCUGUGCUCAACCCGACGGAGACGGAGAUCCUCGCCGUCAUCCGCGCGCAGACGCUGCGCGUGCUGGCCGACCCGCUCGCGCCCAUCCGCAACGCCGCCGGCUCCAUCGUGACCACCUUCGUGUCGCAGUACACGUUCCUGGACGAGUGGCCCGAGCUCAUGCCGGCGCUGCUCGUGCUGCUGGAGCAGCAGGACGAGAACGCCGUGGCCGGAGCCUUCGGCGCGCUCGUCAAGAUCUGCGAGGACUCGGCCGCCAAGCUCGAGAACUCGCCCAGCCGCCCGCUCAACGUGCUCGUGCCCAAGCUGCUGCAGUACUUCCACCACCAGAACGCCAACUUCCGCCGCGACGCGCUCGAGUGCCUCAACAACGUGCUCAUCUACAUGCCCGUGGGGCUCGUCGUGCGGAUGGAGAACUUCCUGGCGGGCAUCUCGCUGCUCACGCAGGACCCGUCCAACGACGUGCGCAAGCUCGUGUGCAAGAGCAUCGUCAUCCUGCUCGAGGUGGGCGUGCAGUACCUCGUGCCGCACCUGGACAGCAUCAUCCAGUUCAUCCUGCGCGCCAACCAGGACGAGGACGAGAACGUGGCCAUCGAGGCCUGCGAGUUCUGGGCCUCGUUCUGCGACCUGCGCGAGUUCAACGACAUCAAGCACAUGCUGCAGCCCUACCUGACGCAGAUCGUGCCGCUCCUCUUCCAGCGCAUGGUGUACAGCGAGGAGGACCUGGCCAACUUCGAGGCCGAGGAGCAGAACCAGGAUGAGAACGUGCCCGACCGGCCGGAGGACAUCAAGCCCAUCUUCCACCGCAAGGCUGGCGGCGGCCACGAGGGUGGCGGCCUGGACGACGACGACGAUGACGACGACGAGGAUUACGACGACGACGAUGACGACUCGCUGUUGGAGUGGAACCUUCGUCGCUGCUCGGCUGCCAGCCUGGACAACCUGGCCAACGGCUACGGCAACGACAUCCUGCCGACGCUGCUGCCCCUGCUGCAGGAGCGUCUCGCGCAGGAGCAGCCGUGGCCUCUCGUGGAGAGCGGCAUCCUGGCGCUAGGCGCCAUCGCAGACGGCUGCUACAACGGUAUCACACCGCACCUACCGCAGCUGUACCCGUUCCUGCUGCUGAAGCUCGAGGACCCUGCCCCACUCAUUCGCAGCAUCACGUGCUGGACGCUGAGUCGCUAUGUCACGUGGGUGGUGGAGCAGGGAAACCAUGAGGCGCUGUUCAAGCCGCUGGUGGAGGGCAUGCUGAAGCGCAUUCUCGACCAGCACAAGAAGGUGCAGGAGGCCGCGUGCUCUGCGUUCUGUACCCUGGAAGAGGAGGCACGCGAGGAGCUGGUGCCGUACCUGAACCCGAUUUUGCAGAACCUCAUGUUCGCCUUUGGCAAGUACCAGGCGAAGAACCUGCUUAUUCUGUACGACGCUAUUGGAACGCUCGCGGACUCGAUCGGCGAGCACCUGAACCACCCGGAGUUGAUUAAGAUUCUGAUGCCGCCGCUUAUUGCGAAGUGGAACGCUCUGGAUGACCGCAGCCGCGAGAUUCUGCCGCUUUUCGAGUGUUUGGCGCCUGUGGCUCAGGCGCUGGGUAACGGCUUCCAGGAGUUUGCGAUGAACGUGUAUGUGCGCUGCCAGCGCAUCGUGGAGAACGAGCUGCUUGCGGACGCCAUGUCUGAGCAGAGCCCGAACGAGUUUGACGAGGGCGACCCGGAGCUCGUCGUUUGCGCUCUGGACCUGAUCUCGGGUAUGAUUGAGGGUCUGCAGAGCAACAGCGAGGCGCUGCUGACCGGAUCGAACAUCCUGAACCUGUUGAUGAGCUGCGUGCGUCACGAUGUGAUGGAUGUCCGCCAGAGUGCCAUGGGCGUCGUGGGCGACCUGGCAAAGCACGCGCCGAACAUUCUCCGCCCCGGUCUCGGCGACCUGCUGCCGGUGCUUAUCGAGAACAUUGACCCGGACUUGCCUACUGUGUGCAACAACGCUAGCUGGUCGGUGGGAGAGAUCGCGAUUCGCAUCGGAGCCGAGAUGGAGCCUUACGUCGAGAACUGCCUGGGUCGCCUGAUCGGCAUGAUCAACCGCCCGAAGCUGCCGCGCAACCUUGUGGAGAACUGCGCGAUCACUAUCGGCCGACUCGGUUACGUGUGCCCCAAUGUGGUGGCUCCGCACCUGCAGGAGUUUGCCAAGCGGUGGUGCCGCGCGCUCGCCCACGUGCGGGCACCGGAAGAGAAGGAGCACUGCUUCCUGGGCCUGUGCUACAUGGUGAAGGCGAACCCGAACGGCAUUGUCGCCGACUUCAUGUUCAUGUGCGGUGCCAUCGCUUCGCUGGAGGGCCAGCAGAUCCAGCACGCGGAGCUCAAGGACAUGCUGUACCAGAUCGUGCACGGGUUCAAGACGAGCCUGGGUGACAACUGGGCUGCGUACUUCGCGAGCUUCCCGGAGCCUCUGCGGCAGUUCCUCACCACGCGCUUCAACUUGUAGAGAGAGCGAGUGGUGCAGCAGCUGCUGCUGUCUGUCGUGUCUCCCCGCGGUCCGAAGGAGGAGACCCAACGACGAUGUGAUGAUGAUGAAGUAGACGAUGAAGACGACCACAACGGAGGCUACGAUGAAGCAGCUGCCGAGCGGUUGUAGAACUAAGAGCGCGGCUGGUGGGGUGACGGCAGUAGGAGUAGCAGUAGGCAGUAGUUAGUAGUUAGUCGUAGGCAAGCAAAGACGAGCGAGUAGGACGGUAGAGAAUAGUAGAUAACCGAUCGACCCCCGUAGCAGCAGGUUGUAGGUAGCAAGCAAUAGGCUUUUCAACUUGGGAAGUACGUCACGUGCUAGCCCGAUGGCGCGGUGUUACAAUACCAUUAGAAGAAACUUACCACACGGCGCAUGAUAUUGCC